AUGGACCUCGAGCUACGAGACGGUCAUUUCUACGACGCGGACGGGCGCGUACUGCUUCUCAAAGGCGUGAACCUCGGCGGCUCAUCCAAGCUUCCACUUGACCGCGACGACGGUGCCUUGUCAUUCGUGGGCCGGCCGUUCCCACUCUCGGAGGCACGGGAGCAUUUUGGGCGGCUUCGGCGCUGGGGCCUCACGUGCAUUCGGUUCGUAAUCACAUGGGAGGCGAUCGAGCACGCAGGCCCUGGUGUCUACGACCACGACUACCUGCGCUACCUUCGGGACGUGCUUCUCAUUGCCGGCGAGUUUGACCUGCGCGUGAUCAUGGACCCGCACCAAGAUGUCUGGUCGCGGUACACAGGCGGGGACGGCGCGCCGCUGUGGACGCUCACCGAAAUUGGCUUGUAUCCGCCGCACUUUGCAGCGACCAAGAGCGCGUUCUGCAUGGACACCUACGGCGGUCGCCCGGAAGACUUUCCCAAAAUGGUGUGGCCCACCAACUACUUCAAGUUUGCGAGCGCGACAAUGUUUACUCUCUUCUGGGCGGGCAACCGGGUCGCGCCUGGUAUCCUUGUACGCGGGAUGCCCGUGCAGGACUUUUUGCAGUCGCACUACGUGAACGCGAUUCUUGAAGUCGCCAAGGUCAUCGCCGGCAUGGACCACGUCAUUGGCUUUGGUACCAUGAACGAGCCGUCGCCGGGGUACGUUGGCGUCGCCGACAUCAGCCAGCACUUUUUGGCGACGGAGCUCAAGCUUGGCCUCGCGCCGACGCCUUUCCAGGGCAUGUGUCUUGCGAAUGGCAUUGACCAGCAAGUCGAAGUGUGGUCCACAGGGUUCAUGCAAUACAUCUUCAACCAGCCCGACACGGUCAAGCUCAUCAAGUGCCACGGAAAGCGGGCGUGGCGCGAUGGCGUCACGUGCAUUUGGGAGCGCCUCGGGCUCUACGAGAUGGACGCGCGCACGCAGCGACCCGUGCUUCGUCGACCGCAGCACUUUGCUAACAUGGACUUUGGCGUCGACUGCUACAUCCCCUUUGCCAACAUGUAUGCCGAAGCGAUCCGCGCCGUCAUGCCGCACAUGAUCUUGUUUAUCGAGAUGCCGCCGCUCGAGUUCAUCUCGACGCCGUUCCCGACAAUCUCGAUCCCGCGCAGCGUCAACGCGACGCACUGGUACGACCCGAUCACGCUCUUUCUGCGCUCGUGGAAGCCGUACUUUACGGUCGACGUGCACACCAAGCGGCCCAUUUUUGGCAAGAAGAACGUUCGCGACGCCCACAUCCGCGCCCUGCGGGCGAUCCGCGAGACGUCGUCGCGCUGCAUGGGCGGUGCGCCGACGCUGAUUGGCGAGUGCGGCAUUCCGUUCAACUUGACCAACAACAAGGCAUACGUUUCGGGCAACUUUGACGCGCAAGUUGCCGCGAUGGACAACACUGUCGCGUCCCUCGAAGCAAAUCUGCUCUCGUACACGCUCUGGUGCUACACGUCGGACAACAACAAUGUUUGGGGCGACAAUUGGAACCUCGAGGAUCUAAGUCUCUUCAGCCGUGAUCAAGAAAAUAAAGGCAAAGGCGUCGACGCUGGCGGUCGCGCCAAGGAAGGAUACGUGCGCCCGUCAGCCAUCAAGAUCAGUGGCCAGCCAUUGACAUCGCGCUUCAACCUCGACCGCUGUGAGUACCACCUGCGCAUCAAGUCGACGGAGGCGACGACCAAAGCACCAACCGAGAUCUACGUGCCUCGGCUCGUGCACUUUCCAGACGGGUACCACGUUCAGGUGUCGGAUGGCUCGACGACCGUCAAGCACUUUGAGGGCUACGACGUUGUCUACUACACGCCGACCACUGCUGCCAUUACGCAUCACGUUCAGAUCUCCAAGAACCAAGAUGGUGCUGUCUCGGCCAACGCACACCACAAUCCAAUGACGACGACGACAGCCUCUACCAUCGUGCGUCGUCAACGACGGCUUCGGAAGAUGUCGAACGCAUAA